GGGGAAAAGAAGGGAUGAAAAAAGAGAAGAGCAUUUGAUGGCAGGAAGCAGCUCACACAUGACCAUCACCAUCGCUCCCUUACACCCCUAUCUCUCUUUCCCUCGCUCUCUCUCUCGUCCUGCAGCUGUGGCUUUCUGAGCAUGCCUCUUCGCCAUCCAACGGCUGAGCGCACACGAGUGGGGGAAGGAAGAGAGGCAAGAGAGGAGGGGCGAAAAGAGAUUCCAGCAGACCUAGUUUGAGAAGGCACAGACAAACAGAACCUCGAGUAGGAGCAAGGAGGGCAAAUAUUUAUAUAUUUUCACAUUAGAGGACAUUUGAAACAGGGAGAUUUGACAAUGCUGUGGCAAUGUGAUGGCCAUUUGCAACUCCUUUUCGGAGGGGGAAAGAAGAUGACAAAGGAGGGAAAAGGGCUUUUCGUUGAUGGCCGUGUGUGUGUCUCAAUGGGCAGUAGGGCACGUCCGGCAUUCGAGGGUUGACCGCACUCCGGUGGACAUUCUAGGACACUCACCUAGAACAGAUAGUUUAUCAAAGGGACACAUUAUUUUUAUCGUUCCGCAUGAAGAGCUUUCGGUUGUCAAGGGGAGAGAGCAUCUUUGAAGUGAGAGCACUUGUUAUUGAAAAGGACAAGAAGCUUGUUGUUUUCAGGGAUUCAACUUGAAAGAUAAACUUUUAUCAGUCCUUUCUUUUUGAGGUUGCACACACAGGUCCCUGUUCCCUUUUGUGACUCAAAAGGGGGAGUUCGGGGGAGGAUUUUGUGCGUCAGCGGAAAGACAACAUUGGAAUCGCAGUUGUUCAUUUCCUUUUCUCAACACAAUAUAUUGGGAAUAUCACAGUGUUGGGAACGUGUGAGGAUUACAAUGGAGACGAAACCUAUCAUUCGUGGCAGUGGACAUUCAAUACUCAAAUAAGGAACCAUAUCCAUCAUGUUUUUUCACUCCGUGCCACUGUAUGGAAUUAGUGCUGGAGUUCCCAAUUCCACAUUGGCAUCCAACCGGAAAUGUAACGCUGCGAAUCCUUAUGAUUGAUUGUGACUGGAGACGUAAGUGUAAGUGCAUUGCUGAAACCAGUGGCGCUUUUUCUUACUGCUCGGGAAGAGCUUUUUAUGCGGCAGCUUAUCUACAAUGUCCAACAUCUAAAAUGAUAUCAACCACUGACAGAAUUACACGAACAUUAAAGUAAGAGCAAUUAAAGUAGAGCAAUUAAAGUAGAGCAAUUCCCAGUUACUGAAGAUACUAAAGGACUACAAAUCAAUGACGUGGAGGUAUUGUGUUUAGAGUGUAGCGUUUUAGAGUUAGGGCAAAAACUAUUGGCAGUAAGGAUUAUUUUUUAUUACAGUCCCUAGGCAGCAAUGCGGUUUCAAAGUUACUCUGCUUGACUGUUUCCCUGCUUGUUAAGUACUGAAUAGAGGUUGAAGGAUAACUAUUCAUAUUUACGAGGGUAUUUUGGGGGAACUGAUGGCAGGUCAUGCAAGUGGACCUGACUUUGUACUCAUCUGAUAGGACUAAAACUAUCUGAACCAACUGGUGGUAUAUACCUGAUUCAACCAACAGGACUAAAAUGAACUGAUGAACAGAGACAGUUACCACACGUUUAUUAUAAUACACAACCCUCUUUGAACCCAGGUUUUUGCUUUGACCCACAACCUUCAUUUAUUUGAUAUUUUAUUACAUUGGUUUCACUUCUUUCUUGGACCUAUUUUUCUCUUUGACCUUCGGCAUCUGGUCAGUAAUGGUGCCACCACCGCCCACCAACAAGCCUCAUGUGUGCUUGUCGGCCAUCUUGAUCAUGGGUAGCAUGGCGCUGAUGGACGCCUACCUGGUGGAGCAGAACCAGGGGCCCAGGAAGAUUGGUGUGUGCAUCAUGGUCCUUGUGGGGGACAUCUGCUUCCUCCUCGUCCUACGCUACGUGGCUGUGUGGGUGGGUUCCGAGGUGCGGACCUCCAAGCGUGGCUACACCAUGAUCCUAUGGUUCUUCUAUGUCUUCGUUCUGGAGAUCAAGGUCUACUUUGUCUACCAGAACUACAAGGCCGAGGACGGGAAGAGGGCAAGUUUGGACGGUUGGACUGGCGGCGGCGUGGACGGGGUGGCACGGAAGGCGCUGACAUUGCUUCUGUCCAUCUGCGUGCCCGUCGUCUACAUCACGUUGGUGGCCAUCGACCACAUGGAGUACGUGCGGCCGCAGAAGAAGAAGGAGGAGAUCCGGUGUCGACUCUUCUGGGUGGUGGUGGACUUGCUCGACGUCCUGGACGUGCAGGCCAACCUAUGGGAGCCUCAGAGGAGAGGGCUCCCCCUAUGGGUGGAGGGACUCAUGUUCUUCUACUGCUACAUCCUGCUGCUGGUGCUGCCGUGCGUGUCGCUGAGCGAGAUCAGCAUGCAAGGGGUGAACAUUGUGCCCCAUAAGAUGAUGCUCUACCCGAUUCUCAGCCUAGUGACUAUUAACAUUAUCACUCUCUUCAUUCGAGGCGGGAACAUGGUUUUCUAUAGGGACUCCAGGGUGUCUGGGAUACUGAUGGGUAAAAAUGUGAUCGCCAUUGUUCUUAAGACGUGCAGUUUCGUCCAGUAUCGGAGGCAUCUCGGUGAGGUCCCGUCUCCCGCUCUUGGGGUAGAGAUGCAGAAGAAUUGCGUUGUCCACGGCCCGAAAGUGACUAUGCCUGUGCCCAUGCCGAUGCCCAUGCCACCCCAAGUAGUGAUUCAAGACUUCACAAAGUUUCCUGAAGAGAUGGUGUGUGUGAGUGACACAGAGGUUGAGCAAACGUGACACACGUCUUGGUGAGAAAGUGCUAAAGAUACAUAACAUAUUAUAAGCUUUAUUAUAGGACAUUAUAAAAGACUAAUUCAUGCGUAUAACAAGUUAUUAAGCAUGAUGCUUGCAGGGCUUCAGUAAAGUGUUACCAGAACAGUUGACACAAGGAAGCACUGUGUAGGGUCACAACAAGGUGUUGCACCAUUUCCUAGGACAAGGGAGAAAAUUACUAUAGGGAGAAGUGAAUGUGUGUCCCCCCCCCCCCCCCCCCC